AUGAAAGUACCAUCGUCGCUUGCUAUUGCUACCGCGCUCGCCGCCUCGUCCGUGGCGGAGCUGGACGCCAAGUUCUACGGCAUCAACUACGACUUCCGUGCCGCGGAGUCGGGUAAGUGCAAGAGUUCACACGCAAUCGGGGACGAUUUCAAUAUUCUCAAGCGAGUCACCAGCAACGUCCGCAUCUACGGGACUGAUGACUGCGCCAAGACGUUGAUCGGAGUCGCCCGUAACGCCGGGCUCAAUGUCUGGCUCGGCCUAUGGAGCGAGGUCGGCACGACCUUCGUGCGCGACGGACGUGAACAAAAGGCUCGUGAAUGA